AUGUUACUCUCCAAGGACAAUCAACUUCACUACACCUUCGACUCGGAGCAUGUCCAGAUCGAGGCGUGGGGUCCCAAUGCUCUGCGUGUUCGCUCAACCAAAUUCCAUACUCUGCCGGCGGAGAACUGGGCAUUGAGUGUUGAGCCUGCCGCCACCACUCCAUCAAUCUCAGUCAAAGACAACCAAGCCACCAUCACCAACGGAAACAUCACCGCCACGAUUUCAUCAGGCGGUAAGAUCAUCAUCAAGAACGGCAAAGGCGAGCGAAUCCUCGAGGAGUUCAGCCGCAACCGCAACGAUGUCACAGAUCCAAAAUGCAGUGCCUUGAUGAUCGAGGCAAGGGAAUUCAAACCCAUCCUCGGAGGCGAUUACCAUUUGACCUACCGACUUGAAUCGAUCAAUCCCAAAGAGAAGAUCUACGGCAUGGGUCAGUACCAACAGCCAUACCUAGACCUCAAGGGGCUGGAUCUGGAAAUGGCCCACCGGAACUCCCAAGCCAGCAUCCCCUUCAUGCUCUCGAGUUUAGGGUAUGGUCUGCUCUGGAACAAUCCGGCCGUCGGACGCGCCGUGCUAGGCAAGAACACCAUGAGCUUCGAGGCUCUUUCGACCAAAGUUUUGGAUUACUGGAUUGUCGCAUCGGACUCGCCCUCAGACAUUGUCGAGGCAUAUGCGAACGUCACCGGCAAAGUCCCCAUGAUGCCUGAAUACGGUUUGGGGUUUUGGCAAUGUAAGCUGCGCUACCAGACUCAGGAGGAACUCUUGGGAGUGGCGCGAGAAUACCGCAAGAGGAAUCUGCCUAUUGAUGUCAUUGUGGUGGAUUUCUUCCACUGGCCGAAGCAAGGAGAAUGGAAAUUCGACCCUACGUACUGGAAAGACCCUGACGCCAUGAUCAGGGAACUUCAAUCCCUAGGGAUCGAACUGCUCGUCUCCAUCUGGCCCACCGUCGACAAAGUAUCCGAAAACUACAACUACAUGCUUGAACAUGGCCUAUUGAUCCGGCAGGACCGCGGGUUAAGAGUGUCAAUGGACUACAUGGGCGACACCGUACAUGCCGAUUUCACCAAUCCUGCAACCCGAGAAUUCGUCUGGCAGACCGCCAAGAAGAACUACUACGACAAAGGUGUCAAGCUGUUCUGGCUAGACGAGGCUGAACCAGAAUACAGCGUUUACGACUUUGAUAUUUACCGUUACCACAAUGGAAGUUGUCUUAGUGCUGGAAACGCCUAUCCGGUGGACUACGCCAAGGCCUUUUACGAGGGAAUGGUCCGUGAUGGAAAACAAAAGGAUGUGUGUAAUUUGAUAAGGUGUGCGUGGGCCGGAAGUCAGAAAUUUGGUACUCUCUUGUGGAGCGGUGAUAUUGCGAGUAGUUGGGAGAGUUUUCGGGAUCAGUUUGCUGCCGGGUUGAAUGUGGGCAUUGCUGGCAUUCCGUGGUGGACGACGGAUAUUGGUGGUUUCCACGGAGGGAACCCAGACCACGAGGAUUUCCGUGAGCUUUGUACCCGAUGGUUCCAAUAUGGCUGCUUCUGCCCCGUCUUCCGUCUCCACGGCCACCGCGAACCAAUGCAGCCGCAACACGGCACGACCGGCGGCGCAGCAUGCAUUUCCGGUGCCCCCAACGAGAUCUGGUCGUACGGCGAAAAGUGCUACGAAAUCAUGAAAAAGUACCUGUUGCUUCGAGAGAAGUUGAGACCCUACGUGCGCGAAUUGAUGGUCCAGGCGCACGAGAAGGGUACGCCGGUCAUCCGCACUUUGUUCUUCGAGUUUCCCAACGACGAAAAGUGUUGGGAGGUCGAAGAUCAGUACUUUUUCGGAAGUAAGUAUCUGGUUGCGCCGGUGUUGUAUAAAGGACAGACGAAAAGGAAGGUUUAUUUGCCACGUGGGGCGAAGUGGAGACGGUUCGAUGAUGGGGAGGUGAAGGAGGGAGAUACGGAGGUUGUGGAGGGGGGACAGGUUGUUGAAGUUGAGUGUCCGUUGAGUGUUAUGCCGGUUUUUGAGAGGGUGUGA